GUGAGCGGGCACCAGGGAGCGGUCGCUAUGUUCGGAAGUGAAAGAUUCGUAAGCUCACCCGCUCACAGAGCGGCUUAGUGAGCAUACAUAUCGCAUGUCUGAAAAUGGCGCUUUCUUGUGCGAUUUCUAACGAAGUCCCGGAACACCCGGUCGUAUCUCCUGUAUCUGGUUCUAUAUUCGAAAGGCGUUUAAUUGAAAAAUUCGUAACAGAAAAUGGGGUGGAUCCUAUCACUGGGAAGGAGCUGACUAUAGAACAACUCAUUGAUAUUAAAACCACUCCAAUAGUUAAACCUAAACCACCAAGUGCCACAUCUAUUCCAGCCAUAUUAAAGAUUUUGCAAGAUGAAUGGGAUGCUGUAAUGUUACACUCAUUUACACUUAGGCAACAACUUCAGACUGCUCGGCAAGAAUUGUCUCAUGCUUUAUACCAACAUGAUGCAGCAUGCCGUGUAAUUGCUAGAUUGACGAAAGAAGUCACUGCUGCCAGAGAAGCCUUGGCUACUUUGAAACCACAGGCUGGAAUUGUUCAAGCUACCACUAUUCCACAACCUGCAGUUGCAGUGGAAGCAGGUGGCACAGCAGCUCAGCCUAUGGAACAAGCUGGUAUUACUGAGGAUGUAAUACAAAAACUUCAAGAAAGAGCUACAGUCCUCACUCAGGAAAGAAAACGUCGCGGACGUUCUGUUCCCGAAGAUUUGCUCCCUCAAGAUAGUAUUCGUGCAUUUCAGACGCUUGCAUCUCAUCCUGGUCUUCAUUCUGCUAGCGUACCCGGUAUACUCGCGCUUGAUAUACAUAGCGCGGAUACUAGCAAAAUUUUAACCGGCGGUGCUGAUAAGAAUGCUACAGUAUUUAAUAAAGAUACAGAACAAGUUGUUGCAAUACUGAAGGGACACACCAAAAAGGUUACUCGAGUAAUUUAUCAUCCGGAUGAAGAUAUAGUAAUGACAGCGUCGCCCGAUACUACAAUACGAGUAUGGAACGUAGGAACUAGUCAGACGACGUUGUUAUUGAAAGCUCACGAUGCCCCCGUGACUGGACUCUCAUUACAUCCAACAGGCGAUUAUUUAUUGAGUUCGUCAUUAGAUCAACAUUGGGCAUUCUCAGAUAUACGAACUGGUAGAUUAUUGACUAAGGUUGCCGGUCAAGUGAGUCAACCCUUAACUACAGCUCAGUUCCAUCCUGAUGGAUUGAUUUUUGGUACUGGUACUGCUGAUUCUCAAGUGAAGAUCUGGGAUUUGAAAGAGCAAUCGAAUGUAGCUAAUUUCCCGGGUCAUUCGGGACCAAUUACGGCAAUUAGUUUCUCCGAAAAUGGUUACUACUUAGCUACAGCUGCUGAAGAUUCUUGUGUAAAACUUUGGGAUUUGCGUAAACUGAAGAACUUCAAAACACUUCAAUUAGAGGAGUCAUACGAAGUCAAAGAUAUUUGUUUUGAUCAAAGUGGAACAUAUUUGGCAGUAGCGGGCACAGACGUGAGAGUGUACUUGUGUAAACAAUGGCAAGAACUGAAAGUGCUUAACGACCACACAGCUGCUGCAACCGGUGUACGUUUCGGAAAACACGCACAAUACAUAGCUUCUACUAGUAUGGAUAGAACAUUAAAACUUUAUGGAUUACCUUGAAUACAUAGUAACAAAACACAUUAAUUUAAGAUAGAUAUAAAUUAGGAUUUGUACUAUAAGUUUAUUUCACAGAAUUAUGACAAAUGCUUUUAGCAAGAAGAUUAUUUGAUUCAGAUUUAAUAUUUUUACUUACAAAUUCUUCAAAAGAAUUUUAGGAAAAAAAUGAGAAUGAGCAAGUAAUUUUGCACGAGUGGAUUUGAGUGCAUUUUCUGUAGAUAUUUGUUAAGAUUGUCGUAAGACUUAGAAACUAAAAUAUCCUUGUGGAUACUAAUAAUAUUAUUUUUAAGCUAUUUUGAUCGAAUUUAAUGGUACAUACCAGUAUAUUCUAGUAAUCGAUUGUUAAAAUCUUUGUACACUUAAUUCGUACAUCAAUAAGUGUGACUAAAAAAUAUUGAUAACUAAAGUUUUAGAUUCAUUUUCGAAAUUUCUUAUUCUAAUCUUAAGGUUAGGAUAUACAUUUAAUACCAACAGAAUGAUAAUAUUUGAUAAAUCGUUUUUGGACCUUACUUUAACGUCUUGAAAUUCUAUAGAAAGAUACCGAAGAAAUGACAUUCAGUACACGAGAAGGUAUAAGAAUUUUAAGGAUACGUAUGUCAUUAAUUGUUAAUAAAUUCGUUUCCAAUACCUUGUGAAACAAAGUACAAAUCUCGAAUAGCAGUACGUGGUAUUAUAAAUUCAACAUUACAUAGGCAGUUAUUUUUAUGAAAAAGAAGUAUGUAACAAUGUUUCUUGACUGUCGUACAACUCUACUCAAAAUACUUUUGAAAACUGCGAAAUACAAUUUGUUCCGAGUAGAAAACGAAA